AUGUACUCCUCGGACUCCGACUUUCUAGAUAGCGACAACGAGGUCGUGGCGCCGCGCAAUGGAGGUAGUAAGACCACAGCGGCGCCCCCGCCAGUUUACUCUUUUGACGAACUACAGGUCUUCAAGGAGUCAACGAAGCAGGCCGUUUUUUGCGCGAUAGACUUCGAAACAGUGGACGACCACAUUGGCGCGGACCUCCAGAAAAUGUCGGAAAUUGGAGUGGCGAUUUACGACCUACGAGAUAGUUCUUCCUCCCCAGAAACAACCACCAAUACAUGUACCUCAACUUCCAAUACUAUUUUGGAGGAUCUAGCGAAGUCAACGACCGCUAUCCAUCUUCUCGUGGAAGAGUGGAAGCAUGAGACGGAGACUACGUGUAAGGCCUUCUGGCAUCGAGACCGGACGAAGAAGGCCGGAGUCCCUCACACGUCGACGAUCCUCGGCCGUGACCAAUCUAUCGAAAAGCUGAAAGCCAUCCUCCAAAGCCUCACGAGCCAGAAUCUCACUUCCGCGGAAAGGGAAAACGGAGACCAAAGACAGGUCAGACUUCUCUUUUGGGACUCGGGACUUGAAGAUAGAAUCUUUCGACAGGCUGGCAUCAACCUCCACGAGCUCGGCAGUGAUAUCCAAGCUUGGGACCUCCAGGCGUGGUCGCCAUUCCGCAUCCGCUUGGACAACGGCAAGAACAAUGGUCAAGCAAAGGGAGAAGAGGCUUUUGCUAGCCUGGGGGUUCUCGGGGCGACAGACCAUGUGGGAAAUCCCACAACAAUUCUUCACAAUGCGACAAAUGACACAGUCGCACAAUUGUUGGCUUUCUUGAGAUUUGAGGUCUUAAAGAGCGGCGAGUGGAUGGCGUGGUUCGAUGAUAGGAUCAACCUGUCUCCAAUUUCAUUCGACUGGCUGGAUGAAUCCAUUUAUCAGGACAACAUAAGUCGGGCUCCUGGAAACCAGAGGAGACAUCAGCCAAGGAAGCGGAUGCAAGGGCAUGGGAACCACAUCCAGGGAAAGCAUGGCCAGUCUUUGGACGCAAAGCAAUCUUCAAGCUGGAAGGAACCACUUCACGGGGGCAACUACAACAGACAGAACGGUACACCUGGUUCCAGCAACAUUUAA